CUCAUAACCCGACAUUCAUGCUGACCUAUCACCAUGACCACGCCGGCGGCGGACGCACGUCUCCGCUUCCUGAACGGGGUGGCCGAGAGGCUUAUGGUCUCAUCGCCCGCGACAUCCGCUUACGUGCAAUCGGUCCGGCUGGCUGCGCUCCACAACGAUGAAUCGAGGGACGGAGGGGAUGGCAUUUGCACCGCUUGUGGAAAUAUUUUGAUUUUUGGCUGGUCUUGCGACAUACCCAAAACGGAAAAACGCACCAGGUCAACGCGUAUCGCUAGCAGCCUGGAUCAUCAACAACGCAUGGCCGCGCAGUGCGUGAGGUGCGACUCCUCAACAUUCAUCAACAAGGCAAAGCGAAGGAAGACCAAGCGAAGCCCCCAAACGAGCAAACUCCCGCAGCCUCAAGUUCUAGAGCCGGUCCAGAGUGCAUCACUCGAAACGGAAAAGCCAAGCGCUCGGAGGAGACCUCGCAACAAGAAGGCGAGCCUGCAGUCAAUGAUAGCCAACAAACCAACGUCGAAUUCCGGCAGAAGUACUGGAUUCGGUCUUGAUCUGAUGGAUCUCAUGAAGACGUGACGGCCGCUAUGAGCUACGAUGCAACGGAUAUCAAGGUUGAACGAUUAAUGAGUGGAGCACAUUGGGUGGAAGUCUGCAUGAAUUGAUUCAAAUUAUGGAGGCGUCAAGGCAAGGAUUGUUGAUCUUGUAGAGAAAUGUAGGCGUAGAGCAUGAAAUGGAGAGCGGCUGCGAGGCUGUGGCAGAUCUCACGAA